AGGAGAGUCAGUGUGGACUUAGGCCACUGAAGAUGGAGAUCCAUUUACCUAGUGUGCCGAUGAUGGAAAUCCUCUCCUAUCUGGAUGCCUACAGUUUGCUACAGGCUGCCCAAGUGAACAAGAACUGGAAUGAACUUGCAAGCAGUGAUGUCCUGUGGAGGAAGUUGUGUCAGAAGAGAUGGCUCUACUGUUACAUGUUCACCCUACCGCUCCAUGGCUUAGAGACAUGGAAGCAGUUCUUCUUUGACAAAACAUGGCAAGAACACGCCAAGACCCGGGCAAAGCCAGAAGAUUUCACUUACAAGGAAUUUCCUGUGGAGUUUGAAUUUCGGGCACAUCCAUGGUAUAUCUCAAGGCAUGGCUUAACAAGAAAUGGACAAGAAAAGUCUGCUGUCUGUAUGACUUCCAUGAACAGGAUUUCUACCUGGGAUAUUCAUGAGGGUGCUAUGACCUGGGAAAGUCCAAAACAGCCCUCCUAUAUCGUAUGGAUGACUACCCUCCCUGAGAUGCAAAUUGCAGUCACUAUAGAUAUGCAAUCAACUAUCAAACUGUGGGACUGCCACAACAAGGAAGUUCUGGCGUCGAAAACGGGCCUGUUCUUUGGCUGUAAAUUACUGCAAUCUGAAUUUACUAAGGAUGGCCCGAUUGUCUUGGUGUUUUACAUGAGCAGCUUACUGAGGCCAUCAGAAUUCUCUGCCCCUGUGUCUACCGUUCUCAAAGUUCCAGUAAUCCGAAAAGUCUUCUGGACCCCAAGAAGGGAAGACAGGAUAACCCUGAUGUCCUUAAUUUUACCCAAAAACAUCACAAAAUUUGACACAUUUGAUAUGAAGUUGGAAGGGAUCGGGAACAAAGUAACUAUUCAAGGAUAUUUGACAGCCAGCUUCUCGCUGGCAGAAGAUGAGGGGAGACCAGACUAUUUUGGAGUCAGUGAUAAGGACGUGAUUGUUUGUUCAACUAGAUUCUCUCUCUUGCUCUUUGACAUAAAUGGUCUCCGUCUGCAGACAUUUCACUACUGCCCAGAAGAGAUCUGGAGACUAUGGGUGGACCCUGUUCAUGUCAUUGUCACCUGUGAUGCUGGCUCUUUGGAUAUAUAUGCAUGGGAGAAGAGAAGCCUGCUACUAAGGAAGUGUUAUCGACUACGAAAUAGGAAUUAUCAGCAAAUGUCUGGCUACAUUAUAAAAACAUUAUGUGACGAUAUGAGCAUAAUUUCAGUGGCAAAUAAUAGUCCCAAGCCCUGCUGUCUGAUGGCAUAUACCUUGAGUGUCUGCUCUUGAAAACUGGGUGUGUUGUGUGUCGUCUUACUCAAUGAUAAUAAAGGUCUAUUUCCAAGCACAGGUUGGCGAGUUCAGUGAUUCUAAGCAGUGAAGAGGCCAAAUUUGGUGGUGAACACCUUUCAUCCUGACUCUGGAAGUCAGAAACAGAUGGAAGAUCUGAAUUCUGAGACCAGCCUGGUCUACAGAGCUAUUUCCAGGCUAACCAGUUUACAUUAAGAGAACCUCUCUUUGAAAGAAAAACUAUGGCUAAAUGUACACACGCACUUGUGUACACACACACACACACACACACACACACAUGCACAUUUUGCUGUGACGUCUGUCAUUUCAUUGCUAUAGGGUUGACUCAGAUGAGCAGGCCAUGUAGCAGUUUAUUACUGCAGAAAUCUUGUGGCAAAUUAAAAUUAAAAAAAAAAAAACUUUUUUGCGAGUGUAAUAUCCCUUCACCAAUUCCUCCUUUAAACCUUCCCAUAUACCUCUCUUCACUGUUGUCUUUUGA